UAUAGCAAAAGCAGUCGUGCAGUGUGUCACGGACCACCGCCCUGCAAGGGCUCGCCAGUUCAACUAGGAGUCUUGAGGUACGGAGAAGUGAGCUUCGGACAAUAUGGAGAGACAGUUGAAUGGCGCCAUUGGGGAUGUGUGACACCCGAGAUACUCGGUAGGCUCGCGUCGACAAAACUCGAACGCGUCCCUGGCUUCAAAGAUCUCAGAUCAGAUGACCAGGCAAAGAUUAGAAUGGCCGUUGGCCUUCGUCGCAUUGCCCCUGCGGACAUUCCAGAAACAGCCAAGACUCACCGACCUGGGAGCGACAUUGCAACGUCACCUCCAUCAACACCGGGUCCUAGUCAGAAGAAGAGAAAGGCUGCAGCAAUCAUGGCUUCUAACUCCUCGCAGCCGAGUUCCUCUCGGCCUGGUCCAUCCCAGCCCCUACGCCAUGUAAUUCGGCCAGAAGGCUAUCGUAGGUUUGAAGAAGAAGAAGACGAAGUAAACGAAGUGGAGGAGAUCAAAGACGAGCUAUAUGUCGUGCUGAAGACCAGCAUUGUCGGUAUACAGUAUUACAAAGGUCUUGUUGGUCCAGGAGAGGAAGUCAGGCUCGUCCGGGAGCCGCAGAACCAGCACGACAGAAAUGCAAUUCAAGUUAUGAACAUUGGUGGCACACAGGUCGGCCAUCUUCCAAGAAAUGUUGCCGGAAAACUUGCCCCUCUGAUGGACCAAGGUCUCGUUACGGUCGAAGGUGUUAUGCAUGAGGGGAACCAAUCGUGUACUCACCGUGCCCUCAGGUCGUUGAAGAUGUAUGGUGCCUCCGACAAGCGCGCUCUACUAGAACCUCGUCUUAUGUGGGCAACACCUGGACAGCGUGGAUUCCCGCCCCGUAAUGGGGUCAAUACACCUGUACCUGGAUUACCUGCUCCACGUCCACCUCCGCAUGUCACUCCCUCGCGACCUCCCGCCUCCCAGAGCUACCCAUUAGCGUCCAAAGGUUACCCCUCCUCACAGGGCUCAGCAUACCCGUCGAGCUCGCAGCGCGCCACUGGGAUGACCGCUGCCCAGCAGGAAGCAGCGCGAAAACAGCAAGAGGCAGCACGAAAACAGCAGGAGGCCCUCGCCAAGGCCGCAGAGCUGCGGCAAGUGCUGAACAGCCUUGAGAAGGUCGAUGACGAAGGCCGCCGUAGCUCGCUGCUCGAUACCCUGUGUGUGGUAGAGGACGUGCUUGGUUUGCCCCUGCACCCUAGCCCUCCCGGGAUCGCUAAUGGGGAUCUGAAAGUGGAUCUGCUGAAGCAUCAGAGUCAAGCGCUGCAGUGGUGUAUACAACAUGAAUACCCUGCGCUUCCAAAGAAAGAGGAAGACAAACCGGUUCAGUUCUGGCAGCUGAGGAGCGCUGGUGGGAAGACCUUUUAUUACAACAUUGCAACCAAAACACCUCAAACUCAACCUCCUCCACUCGGCCGUGGAGCUCUAUGCGCGGAUAGUAUGGGACUAGGUAAAACAUUGACAAUGUUGGCGCUCGUCAUCGCCACGAAGGCAGACAUACCGACUGAGUUCUCCAAGUCCACGCUGAUAGUCGCCCCUCUUUCGAUUCUGUCCAACUGGGAAAAGCAAAUUCAAGAUCACAUACAGGAGGGGGCGCUCACGUACUGUGUCUACUAUGGUGCUAGUCGUUCUAUGACGCCAGAGGAGUUGAAGAAUUAUGAUAUUGUUAUCACAACAUACCAGACCGUCGCUGGUGAGCACGGUGAUGCUUCCGUGACAAAGGUCAUUGGUGAGGAACCGGUCAAGAGAAAGAGGAAGUCUGCGAACGCUCUCUUCGCCGUUCCAUGGAAGCGAAUCAUCCUUGACGAAGGUCAUAACAUUCGCAAUCCGCGAACAAAGAUGGCAAAAGCCGUUUGCGCACUGAACGCGCAGCGACGCUGGAUCCUGACUGGAACUCCGAUUAUCAACUCCCCUAGGGACCUUGGCUCGAUAUUGACAUUCCUGCAGAUUUGUCGGCCAUUGGAUGACGAAGACUUCUACAAACGCAUGGUCUUGCGGCCGCUCAAGGAUGGUGAUCCAGCUGGCGCAGAGUUGUUUCGGGGAUUGAUGAGCCACAUUUGCAUCCGACGUACGAAAGAAAUGCAAGAUAGCGAAGGGAAUCAUCUCGUGCCCCUGCCACCGGUGGACACUACACUCAUUCCUGUCACGCUCACCAAGGAAGCGAGAGAAAUGUACGAUGCCAUUGAGGCGUUGUCGAAGCAGCGGUUGGACAACUUAAUUGGACAACAUGGCGGCCUUCACUCUGCUGCGGUACAUUCCAACGUGCUCAGUAUGGUGACCCGUCUGCGUCAGCUUGCGCUCCACCCAGGACUUGUCCCGGCAAACUAUAUUCAACAACUCCAGGCCGCAGAGAAGGAAGAGGACUCCCUUUCGCCUGUCCAAUUGACACCUGAGAACAAAAUUCGACUGCAAAGCAUCCUCGCCCAGGCCAUAGAAGACAACGAAGAAUGCCCAAUUUGUUUUGGUAUACUAAAUGAGCCUCGCAUCACGAGUUGUUCGCAUAUGUUCUGCCUCGCCUGCAUUUCGGAGGUCUUAUCCCGCGAUUCUAAGUGUCCAAUGGAUCGGCGACCUCUGGGAAUGGGUGAUUUCGUAGAGCCCCCUCCACCUACGAUGUUCACCCAAGCCCCUGUCAGAGAUGAUGAUGAGCCUGAGGAAGAAAAUGGUCUCCGUUCGGGAUCUUCCGCGAAGAUCGACCAGUUAGUCCACCUCCUGAAACUGACACCCGACACAGAGAAAUCGCUUGUGUUCUCUCAGUUCACAUCUUUCUUGGACAAGGGUACGUUUUUGUAUGGUUUCUCCUCUCUUGUCUUGACAAACGGGCACAGCAUCCCAUACGUACGUUUUGACGGGAAGAUGUCAGCUCGUCGGCGUCAGGAAACAAUUGCUCGCUUCUCCGUCCCCCUUGAUGAAUCAUCUCCGACUGUCUGGUUUCCACAGAGUCAGGAGCCAUCAUCGUCCGGGCGCUCUGCCCGUCGACGUGCUCGGGCGAGCAAUGUUCGAAUCUUUGACGGCGAUGCGGCAGCUGUCGAUGAUGACGGCGACGCAGACUUUGCACCGGCUGAUGAUGGGGAAGAUAGCGACUUCAUUGACGAUGAAGAUGCUGACGAUGCUCCAAGACCCAAGGGCAAAUCCAAGAAAGCAAAGGCUAAGGCUAAAGGCAAGGGCAAGAGGGUUCGAAUUAGUACUGCUCCGCCAUCGGAAUCCAACUACCUGGAUGGGUCUGCUUUCGGCAACGAGGUGAAUCCGAAGGUCAUGCUCAUCUCGCUGAAAGCCGGAGCUCUGGGGCUCAACUUGACCGUUGCAAAUAAUGUCUACUUGUGGUGGCAGGAAGGUAUCGAGCUGCAGGCGAUCGACAGAUGCAACCGUAUUGGUCAAACGAAGCCCGUGCACGUAUACCAGCUGAUCGCUGAGGACACUGUAGAAUCUAAGGUCAUAGACAUCCAAGACAAGAAGAAGAGGCUUGUAGAACAGGCCUUCUCUAGUAUCAAGAACAAGGAGACUCAGCGUCAGAAGAAAGAAGCUCGGCUGCAGGGUAUGCGCAUUCUCUCAUGA